UGAACCUUCUUGACUCGAUUACACCGUACUCUCGGAAACAAGUUUGUUUUAAAAUGGCGGCGGAAGCGUCGAGAGGCAGCGGCGUUGAGGUGGCCGGGAGGUGAUGGUGCAGCAGCAGCAGCAGGAGCAGCAGUAGUCACAGCAUCACCAUGGACCGCUCCGGCCGGCGGUUACCUGCUGCCCACCUGUAGCAUCUAUCGGCGGCAUGGCGAACACGACCCGCGGCGGUCAGGAGCCGACAGACAGCCGCUGUGGUGUGUCUGGAGGAGCCAUAGUGGAGAAUGGCUCUGCAGCGAAAGACCCGUCUGCCUCCGACCUCCACGAUCACACCAACCACCGCUGCCAUGAACCCAUCCUGCCCACUUACAAGCCAUCCUGCUCGUCCACCCCCAUCUACUACAACAGCCCCGAGAAACUGUACACGGACCUGGACCAGGACAGCCACAGCUUGACUUCCCAGGACUCAGGUAUCCCAACCCUGGAGAUCAACCCUCCAGAGCCCAUCCUCCACGGCCACCAACGCCCAGGAGACGCAGGCCUCAUCCUGGCCUCUAGUCACGACUCUCCGGCCACAUUAGCUUUGGAUGACGACCCCUCUGACACCAACGCCAUCCGCAAGUCCUCCACCUUCCCCCGCAGUGGCUACGACUCCAUCCGCCUCUUCAGCCCCGCCCUCAGAUUAUCCUCCACUAUGGGCACGGGCGGCGGGGGCGGAGCUCUGAACCGCAGCGACGACAUCUCGGUGUGCAGCGUGUCCAGCAUGAGCACCGAGCUAUCGGUGUCCAAUGAAGACAUUUUAGAUUUCACCGUCACAUCCGAUUCGAGCGCCAUCGUAACCCUGGAGACGGACAACAGCGGCACCGCUCACUUCUCGGACGUCACGCUGUCGUCGUCGUCACCUGGAAACCCCAGAGACUUCUGGAGUCCUGCACACCUGCAUCCGGGGUCAGGUGGCAUGCAGCAGGGAGAAGACGGCAGGCAAAAGAAACUAGGACCUCUGGCCAGCUUGUUCAACAGGAGCCUGUUUGCCAGGAAGGUGAAAGACGGUCAGAGCAGAGGAGCAGAGCAGAGGGAUCCAGGCUGGAAGCUGUUUGGCAAAGUCCCACUGCGUGAGGGCCCCAUCAGGGACCCUAAGAAAAUACAAAAGGAAUAUGAAACAAAGAGUGGAAGAGCUGGACCUGGCAACCCAUCAUCUCCCAGGCAGAGUGUGAGGAAAAACCUGGACUUUGAGCCCCUCUCCACCACUGCACUGAUACUGGAGGACAGACCUGCGAAUCUGCCUGCCAAGCCAGCCGAGGAGGCACAGAAACACAGACAGCAGUAUGAAGAGAUGGUGGCCCAGGCCAAGAAAAGAGAGUUGAAGGACGCUCAGAAGAGAAAGAAGCAGCUGGAGGAUCGGUGUAAGCUGGAGGAGAGCAUCGGCUCAGCAGCUCAGACCUGGAACCAGGAGAUCUUGCCUAACUGGAGUACAAUGUGUACAUCUCGGCGAGUGAGAGACCUCUGGUGGCAGGGCAUCCCCCCCAGCGUCAGAGGCAAAGUGUGGAGCCUGGCUGUGGGCAAUGACCUCAACAUCACACACGAGCUGUACAGCAUCUGUCUGUCCCGGGCUAAAGAGAAGUGGAGGGCUACACCAUCGACCGCCCCAGAGAUAGAAACUGAAGAUGCUGGUUCGUCGGAUCGAGAGUCGAGCCUGGAGCUGAUCAAGCUGGACAUCUCUAGAACUUUCCCCCAACUGUGUAUCUUUCAGCAGGGUGGGCCCUACCACGAUGUGCUGCACAGCAUUCUGGGAGCAUACACAUGUUACCGGCCUGACGUCGGUUACGUGCAGGGAAUGUCCUUCAUCGCAGCAGUGCUGAUCCUGAACCUGGACACAGCCGACGCCUUCAUAGCUUUUGCCAACCUGCUCAACAAGCCCUGUCAGAUGGCCUUCUUCAGAGUCGACCACAGCCUUAUGUUGACUUACUUUGCAGCAUUUGAAGUGUUCUUUGAAGAAAAUCUACCAAAGCUCUUUGCACAUUUCAAGAAAAACAACUUGACCCCCGAUAUUUAUUUGAUCGACUGGAUCUUCACUCUGUACAGUAAGUCUCUGCCGUUGGACCUGGCGUGUCGGGUGUGGGACGUGUUCUGCAGAGACGGGGAGGAGUUCCUGUUCCGCACGGCGAUGGGCCUGCUGCGUCUCUACCAGGACGUCCUCACCUGCAUGGACUUCAUCCACAUGGCUCAGUUCCUCACCCGCCUGCCCGACCUCAUCCCCCCCGAGCAGCUCUUCCAGCAAAUCGCCGCCGUCCACAUGACCAGCCGUAACAGGAAGUGGGCACAGGUUCUGCAGGCGUUACAGAAAGACCAGGAGCGAGGCAGCCCGGUGCUGAAGCGCUGAGCUGAGGUCACACACCAGCGAACUCGACCACUUCCAGCGUCAACCCACUUCCCCCCUCCAUCCAGCCUUUGGGAAAAACUGAACUCAACAGGUCAGAUAGACCUGAGAGAUACCUGGUUGUGGGGAUGCGGUUGAGUUGCUCUUCUCCAGAGCCGUGUCACCGCUCUGACUGGAACCAGGACCCUGUUAAGGGGGUCUGCAAGUGAAGGAGCAGGGGUGAGAAAAAGGAAUACGAGGCCUUAUUUAACUCCCACGACCCCUCCUCUAAUCAGAGGCCCAGCAGUGGACUGGAAACUGUAGCUGGCACAGGCAGAAGAAUGUAUCACACACUCCCACAUACAUGCACCUACCAGGCUGGUUCAGGUCUCCACAGACAAGAAGAAACCACAGAGAUGCCACUUAUUAUUA